AUGUGUGUGUAUGCGUAAACGUAUAUAAAUAUAUGUAUGAAUGUAUAAAUGUAUAUACACACACGCAUGUAUGUAUGUAUGGAUGGAUGGAUUGAUGUAUGUAUGUAUGUAUGUAUGUACGUAUGUAUGUCUUUUAACCAGCAGCAAGUACUGCGAUGACUGAAUUAACAACUAAAGAAAUUAAUUGAAUAAAGAUUUAUUCGUAAUGUAUAUUAAUUGUAAAGUUGAACAAUUUCAGAUUUGUUUGUAAGCAAUUUAUACGAAUCGACGGUGUGUUUGUGUAUCUGAGAAAAUUCCUCGGUACACUUCUUGUGCGAAUGUCUUUUUACGAACAAGAAACUACUCUUUUUCUACAAGAAACCAUUUAAUUUUUAAAAUAUUAUAUCAAUCAACCAUUUGGACAAAAAUGAUUAGCGUUUACCGUCUGUUUGACACAUUGUUAUUAUUGUUAUUAUCCUCAUCUAUAUACAGUGCUGACGAUAGUGGCUGGUAUACCGAUCCAGCUUCCAUUCUUGUCCAGCCUGGACCAUGUAACAUUGACAUCAUAAACAACUCAUUAACGCAGCACAACUUUUUAACCUAUUUUGCUUAUAAAAAACCAUUCCAAAUACAACACCAUGCUGAUAAUACACAAUUCAGAAAAGCCUGUUCAAAAGACAAUCUCUUACAAAUGUAUGGUGACAAAAUAGUUCGACUGUCUACAGCAAACACUUAUUCUUAUAAGAAAGUUGAUGUGCCAUUGCGGAAAUACCUUACAGAGUACAUGCAGCCUCAAGAUUUAAAGACGCCUGGAAAUGAAACCUUAUACUGGUUUGGUGAAAACAGCCAUGAAUGGGAUACCUUGUUUAAAAAAUAUACCCCACCUCCUUAUAAAAUACCUGAAAUGAUUGAAGCCUAUAGCUUUGGAGCAGCAGCUGCUGGCACUGGUGUUCCUUUCCAUUUUCAUGGCCCUGGAUAUGCUGAAAUGAUAUAUGGCAGAAAGAGAUGGUUCUUAUAUCCCCCAGAUAAGGUCCCAGAUUUUCAUCCUAACCAAACAACCCUGCAGUGGCUCAUACAACAUUAUCCUUCCCUUAAACCAGAGGAUCGACCUUUCGAAUGUACAAUUAGUCCUGGUCAAGCCAUUUAUUUUCCUGACCGGUGGUGGCAUGCUACAUUAAAUAUUGACAACAGUGUAUUUAUUUCCACAUUCCAUGCUCACAAAUAAAGUCUAUUAAAACAAAUAAA